UGGUAGGAGGGAUGCAGCUGUGAAUUCUUCUUUGAAUGUGUUUUAGACACAUUUUUUCUAUACCACAGGAGGUGUGCUUUCUGGAAUUUUUUGGGAGUAAAUUUUUUUGGGAAUUCUUGUUGAAAAGAGCUUACUCACAAUGUUGGGCUUGGAUGUUUGUGAAUUUGGUGGACAGUUUCUUGAACUGCUUUGGUUAACAGUUUGCUACAGAGGCAUAAUGGCUGACAAAGAUAAAGAUGUGCCAGUGGUUGAGGAUGAAGAUGAGCCAGAUCUGAACUACCAGCCUCCGGCUCAGAAGAGCCUGCAGGAGAUCCAGGAACUGGACAAGGAUGAUGAAAGCCUGAACAAGUACAAGCAAACCCUCCUGGGUUCUGGACCUGUGGUGGCAGAUCCCAGCAUUCCUAAUGUUCAGGUGACCCGACUCACUCUGAUGUGUGACCAGGCCCCUGGACCCAUCACCAUGGACCUGACAGGUGACCUCGAUGCUUUGAAGAAGAAGAACUUCACCAUGAAGGAGGGAGUGGACUACAGGGUGAAAAUCCACUUCAAGGUCAACAGGGACAUCGUGUCUGGACUGAAAUAUGUGCAUCUGAACUACAGGAAAGGACUCAGAGUGGACAAGGCAGUGUACAUGGUGGGCAGCUACGGUCCGAGAGCCGAGGAGCAUGAGUUUAUCACCCCGGUGGAGGAGGCUCCGAAGGGCAUGAUCGUUCGGGGAACCUACCACAUCAAAUCCUACUUCACAGACGACGACAAGACAGACCAUCUGUCGUGGGAGUGGAACCUGCAAAUCAAAAAAGACUGGGACAGUGCAGAGUAAAGAGGUCUUCCUCUGUCUCUCUCUCCCAGAUGCAUAGCAACAUACCCAAUUUAUCACUGAUGUUUAAAACAGAGACAUAGGCUAGGUAGAUAUGGUUUUGCUGGCUUUGCAAAUGAUUAAAUAACAAUUAGUCGAAUAAAAAAAAAACUUAAAAAAAAGAAUGAAGAUAUUCCUACAUAUUAGGUGUAAGUAACAGUGAGGGCAUACAGUGACUGGCAGGGUAUUAGAGGCGACUUAGUACUUUGUAAUAGAUUUAACAAUGGUGUAACCAACAAAUGAAAUCCGUCAUGCCUGUACACUCAGGUUUUAGUGUAUACUGUAAAUGUAAAUAUUACAAUGUCUGUAUUCUUGCAAUGCAUUUAGAGUUCUUUACAGAGCCCAUGACCAGAUCAGUGCAUGCUUGAAUGUGAAGCCAUCGUGUCUGCAAUGGCUAAUUUCUUGUAUUAUUGAUGAUGUAAUCAGCUUGCUGUUACCUGAUAAAUACAUGUGUAGGACGUGGUUUGUACUAAGUGUUGCUUGUCAAAAAAGGUAUUUCUGAGCAUUAAACCUCUGUAGAAAAGAUCAACUGAAACCAAUAUGAAGUUGUCUGGCUGUUCACCAGCAACCAAUUCUGGUAAAGCUGCUUCACUUUUCUUGUUGGUUAGUCCUGACUGGCACAUCAGCUUCUAAAAUGCAACAUUUGCUGGUCUUUUCAGCUGGGAACCAUCAGUGGAGCCCAUAGUCAAGCACCCUCCUCAUUCCCUGAAAAAAUUUAAGAUCUGUUCAUCUCUGUCCAGGUGUCUGUAACUGUCUUCCAUCUAGCUUUUAUGUUAGAUUGCCUCUGAUUUUUUUUUUUUUGAUAUUCCAAAAUAAAUACAUUUAUUGUUUAUAUGCCUGCUGAUACUGUUACCUGACACUUCCAUCUCCAUCGCUGAUUUUAUUAUCUGACAUAAGAUUAUCUUGAUUUUUCUUGAAUAAUUCCCUACUACAUGAUCAUAUUCAGAAAUAUUAGAUGAUACUGCAGAAUAUUCAAAAUACUCUGUGGAAAUGAUUGGGUUUGACUAUUUCUACAGAAUAAAAUUUAUUGCAAAAAGGUAAUUAAUGCCACAGGAAAUAUCUAACUGGCAUGUGCAUUAUGUAAUGCCUUUAUGGGGUAGACAAAUACUGAAUCAUUAACUGUGAGCAAUAGGAAGAAAAAUACGAGAGUACACAAAAGAUUAACUGCAAUUUUUAUGAACUGUAAUUUAUAACUUUGUGAUUCCACAGUCAGUAUAACAUGUAUUUGAUCAAAUUAAAUCCUUGCAAUAUUUCAAAAUAUUCCCACAUGCUGUAUAUUUUCUCAAAUUCAUAUUGUGACUCAUAAUGAAAUUUUCUUCAUAAUUGGAUGUUAUAAUUAGUCUGCUUGUGGUCUGUAUUGCAUGAUGCUGCUUUUUAAACAUGUUAAUCGGGUUUCAUUGUGAUGUAAUGGAGGCAGCAGUAAGAAGUAAAGUAACAUUUAGGGCAUUUUUCAGCUGACCGAUUCAUUUGCUUAAAAAAAGAUUCUAUUGCUUCUGAAUUGUUAAACUUUUCAUCUUGUAUUUUUAAUAAAGUUUGGCCUAUCCUUAA